CGCCGCCAGUGACCCUUAUAAACCCAACAGAAAGAAGACAGCAUGGCCAGGAUGCUGUCCUUGUUCACACUUGUAUAACCUCACAAUACAUCAUCCUCAACAUCAGGACAGUGUCCACCAUGAAGAAAUUCGUACGUAGCAGCUAUUCGCUCAAGCUGAAAAAAAUUAGCCUGGUAAUUGAGAAGAAGGAAGAAAAAAAAAGCAGUAUUCAAGAUGCUGCCAAAUUGGAAGUUCUUUCCACGAAUUUUCAUACGUUGGAGAUCCUCUCACUGUACACUAUCAUGAUUGUGAAGCGGUAUGCCAGGGACUCCACCUUCUUCCAUACUCAUUUUCCAAAUUUUAUCAAAGUAAUUGAAAGCAACUUAAACAGACUGAAGACUGAAAAGAAAUGGUUUUUUGCCACUCUCCGAGACCAAGCACGUCUGUUUCAUAAUGAGUGGGACAAGUACUUAUUUGAAAUUAAUGUGGGUCGUAUUCAUUACAACUCUCAUCUUCUUAUGGUGGCUUUGAUGUUGGGACUGGAGAAGAUCUGGGUAUCAGAUGGAUGCUUACCACUCGAUGAAGAAAAGACUAUCAGUAAACUUAAAUUAAUGUUUGGCAAGGAUCAACCAGUUUUUGCCCUCAAGCAGCUCAGCCAAACUGAUCACAUGUUUGAGUUCUUGGCCAGUCACUCACCCAACCUGGCGGUUCUUUAUCUACCCCGCAGUGAUGUUCAUUCAUUCCAAAGUUGUGUCAAAUUUACGAGCCUACGUGUUAUAGAACUGGCAGGUGGUGUGUCAGACAAAGUGAUGUGUAGUGCCCUUUGGAACAUCAACAAGAAGAGCGAUAAAGUGUUAGAGAUGGCCAUCAAGGAGUCAAAGGACCCGAUUUGUUGGCAGUUGUCUCUGCCACACCUGGAGGUACUGAGAAACAACAUGCUACAGACCCGAGGACAGGCUAAUACCAUGCGUCUCUCUCUGGGUGCUGCUGCCUUGGCCAUCCAACCCAGUCUAAAGACAGUGGAAACCCUGCAGUCGUGGGACACUUACACUGCUGUUCUUUUCCUCCUUGAUAUGGAAGCCAAACAGAGGAGUACAAAUGGCAGUCGUUGUAAUGAGCGCAAAUUAACUGUGACCACUUUGACCAUUAACUAUCAUAAAGACCUGGACAUGAUAGAGUUGAAGAGGGUGAUGAAUGCCUGCCCUAUGCUCUCUCAUUUGACAGUCAGCAAUGCUGAGAAUAUUCACAAAGAUUUGCCUCUACUGUGCAGAAUCAUACCAAUGAAGCAAGUGAAAAAUCUGACUGUGGAUGUCUCCAAAUUAACAAACCUGGAGCUGACGGUACUACUGGCAGAGAUGAGCAAUUUAGAACACUUGACCCUGGAACUCACUCCACAGGCAAUUGUUAAAUUUAACGUUCCCAUUGAAGGAGAGACUAGGAGUGCCAUGCUGCCCAGAAUCAAAAUCCUGGUUAUUGAAUUUAUCUCCCCUGGAGUGGAUGUCUGGGUAUCACCAGAAGAAAUAAACUUACAUGCAAAAGACAUAAUAAGCUUCCUGUCAUCGUUCUCAUUUGUUAAGGAGCUUUAUUUUUACAACACUUUGCUUGCACCAGCUCCAUAUUUAGUUUAUGGAUGUAUCGGAGGAUCUUUGGCUGUGUUACAUGACUUGCAGCAUCUGUCUGUCAUUUCCUGCCAUGAGGACAUUCCAAGAGAGCUCAGCCAGUGGCCACAGGAGAUAACUAUGUCAAACCAUUAUAAGGGAGUGCCUAUCAUGCUGGCAGACCUGCAGGAUGAAACUACAUUCAAGCAUCUACGAGCUCUAGAGAGUUUAGAGAUUGAUGAGUUUUAUAUCAAUCCUAGCAUCGACAUCAUGAUUGAAGCUCUGCGACUGUCUGGAGUUAAGGUGGCUGUGCACUAUCGUCCUGGAAUGGAACAAAAUCUAUACAAUUGUAAGUCAUUUAGUAUACAGUAUAUUGCAACUCCCUCCAGGAUUCUGAUAGAAUUAGUUCAGGUAUGUUUGUUUUCACAAUGAUAUAGCCUGAAAUUCCUAGUCAUGUUGAUUUUACUCAGUUUUUAUAAUUUUUUUUUUUGGGGGGGGGGGGUUUAACUAUAAGUUUUUUUUUUAGUGCAACAUUAAUUUUACUUUCAGAUACAAUAUAUUUUUUUUCAGAUGCAACAAAUGAAAGUUAUCGACCAACAAUUCGAAAAGGAGUAUAAUUUAUAAGCACCUUUAUAAAUACAAAUUAUGUAUACAAAUACGUAUUUAUAUUUAUUAUUUUUAUUAUUAUUAUCACACUAGCCGAUUCCCACCAAGGCAGGGUGGCCCGAAAAAGAAAAACUUUCACCAUCAUUCACUCCAUCACUGUCUUGCCAGAAGGGUGCUUUACACUACAGUUUUUAAACUGCAACAUUAACACCCCUCCUUCAGAGUGCAGGCACUGUACUUCCCAUCUCCAGGACUCAAGUCCGGCCUGCUGGUUUCCCUGAACCCUUUCAUAAAUGUUACUUUGCUCACACUCCAACAGCACGUCAAGUAUUAAAAACCAUUUGUCUCCAUUCACUCCUGUCAAACACGCUCACGCAUGCGUGCUGGAAGUCCAAGCCCCUCGCACACAAAACCUCCUUUACCCCCUCCCUCCAACCUUUCCUAGGCUGACAAACUCAGAAGUUUGAUAAAUCUGUAUAUUUCAGUCCCCUUCUGGAAUCCUCUGAAGGGGAUCAAAUUAUACAGAUAAAUCAAUCUUCUGAGUGUGUCUCUUCAUAUGAGUUUUUGUUGAGCAUUGUCGAGAGUUCAUUACACUUUUUUUUUUUUUUUUUUUUUUUAACACACUGGCCGUAUCCCACCAAAACAGGGUGACCUAGAAAAAACAACUAAAGUUCUUUUUGAAUAACACUUCAGGUGGGAAGUACAAUACCUGCACUUUAACCCUUUGAGGGUCCGUCCCGUAGAUCUACGGCUUUACGUUCAGGGUCCAAACCAUCAAAACAGAUCUACGUCAUGAGCUCAGCUCACUCUGAUAAACUGUGAGUGGUACAUUUGGGCCUAGAUAUGAGAGAAUACAUCUGUGGUAUGUGUACACCACAUAAAACAGAUCCUGCAGCACGCUGUGUAUAAUAAGAGAAAAAACUGAAAUCAUGAUUUUUCAAUUAAAACAGCGACUUUGCAGUGUUUUUUUGUAUGUUUUUUAUAGUUCUAUUUGCGAUUUCUUGGUCUCAUUUGAUAGAAUGGAAGACAUAUUACAGAAAUAGAGAUGAUUUUGAUUGGUUUUAGCACAGGAAAUGGCUUGAAACUGAGCUCAAAGUAGCAGAAAUGUUAAAUUUUUGCCGAUAUUCAAGAGUAAACAAACGACCUCACACGUCUAAUACACGCCAGCUGGUGGGUCUAAUAUGCAUUCACAAAUAUGGUGAUGAUAUUUAUACAAUUAUUACAGUAUUGCAUAACAGUAAAUCUUCUAUUUUUUGGUGUGAAUAAAAAUUCAUUGUGAAUAAAAACUCAAAAUGGAAUUUAUUUGUAAAGCCUCAAAAUGUAACUAAUGAACAGAGGAAAUGUUAGUUUAGUUCCAGGAAUACCUACAUUGUUUAUUCUGAACCCUAUUUUGAAAUUGGAAUAUUUUGAACUUUGUGUUAAAUUGGCCAAAUUAACAAUUUCCGAUCACUUUAAUUUGUAGUUGAAACAGUUGACUUGGCGAUUUCUUGUGCUCAGUCGAUAGAAUAGAAGUAAUACUAGUGAAAUAGCUAAGAAUUUGGUUGACUGGAAUAAUGUAAUUGGCCUAAAAUGGGAGUCAAAAUCGGCAAAAUCGCCGAUUCGUAAAUAUCGCUGACACAUCAAAAUUCGCUAGAGCAUAAUUUUGUUAAUUUUCCAUCAAAUUUCGUACUUUUUGUUUUUAUUACCUUCACAAAAAGAUUCUCUACCAUUUCAUAAGAAAAAAUAACAAUUUUUCUUUUUUUUUAAAUUCUUGGACACUGGGGCACCACUUCAGAUUUGGGCCUUGGACCCUGAAGGGGUUAAAGGAGGGGUUUGGGAUAUUUGCUGUUUGGAUGAUAUCUGAACUGUAAUAUCUGUGCACCUCAGCAAAGACAGCGAUUAUGUGUGAAUGACGGUGAAAGUUUUUUUUUUUGGCUACCCUGCCUCGGUGGGAGAUGGCCAGUGUGUUGAAAAUACAUGUGUAUAUGUAAUUUUCAUAUAGUUAUUUUCAUAUAUGUUAUUUUCAUAUAGUCGGACUUGAGUCCUGGAAAUGGGAAGUACAAUGCCUGCACUUUAAAGGAGGGGUUUGGGAUAUUGGCAGUUUGGAGGGAUAUGUUGUGUAUCUUUAUACAUAUAUGCUUCUAAACUGUUGUAUUCUGAGCACCUCUGCAAAAGCAGUGAUAAUGUGUGGUGAAAGUGUUGAAUGAUGAUGAAAGUAUUUUCUUUUUGGGGAUUUUCUUUCUUUUUUGGGUCACCCUGCCUCGGUGGGAGAUGGCCAACUUGUUGAAAAAAAAAAAAAUAUGUAAUGUCGCACUGUAUAUAUAUUAAAUGCACACAAACACACUUGUGUGCAUAUAAAAACUCAUCUUGCUUGUUAUAGGAGAGAGUAAUUACAGAUUAAUGUAUUUCACUGAUAAUACCAGAGGAACACUGCAGUAGGCCUAUUGACCUAUGCUAGGCAGGCCCUACUUGGUUAACCCCUCCAGAGGUGCCUGACUGAUAGUGAGGGGUUGUUGAUCCAAGGAAUUGAACCUGUUCUCCCUGUCCUUAGAUUAAAUUAAGGUAAACCUGAUUGCCUUCCAUUCCUCCAGGUGCUGUAUGACUCUUACGGGUUUAAUGUAUGCCAGUGACAUUUUUAUUACAUUCAUGGGGGGAGUGCUAAACCCAUAGGGGUCAUACAGUACCUGGCAGAAUGGGAGGCAUUCAGGCUCUAUUCAAGUAAUUGAACACAGAUCCAAUGUAAUAAUAGUCACCAGUAAACGAAAGUUUUGAAGCGAUAGCCUUUAAAAUUAGUAAGUAUGUAUACCAGUUUAAGUAGGUAAAUGACUGUUGAAUCAUCUAACAAACAGUAAACAGAGAAAAGUCUUGACUUCACAAAAUUUUGUCUUUGCUAAGUAAACACAGUCCUGUUUUACUGUUUCUCAGCCUCAUUGCCAUGCUAAAACACUAGCUACUGCUGAGCAUCCUGUCAUCCAGAAAAUUAUUUAUAGUAACUAUCACAGUUUCAGCAUAAUUUUUGAAAUAAUUCUGUUCUCUGUAACCUACUAAUCAUCCCUUUCCCUUUUGCCACCUGAUACCCUUGCUUCCUUCCUGCCCUGCAGCGCUGUAUAGCCCCUGUGGUUUAGCGCUUCUUAUUAUAAUAAAAAAAUUUAAAAUAAUUAUUAUACAUUGAUGAAAGUACAGUGCUAUGGGGAAAAAAAAAUCCCUGUUAAGAUGGGUGAAGAACUUGCUACAGUACCUCACUACCAUACAUUGUCACAGGUCUCUCAGUACUGUUAAAACUCCUGGCUGUAACAGUUACCGAUUUAUUGCUCCUAUGGCUCGUGUGUGCUGUCAAUGUUUGUCAAGAAUUAUGUGGAUCAAAAUAUGGGUGAUGUCUUUAGUAGGAGACUGCUGGUGAUAAAAAAAAAAAAAAAAAAAAAAAAAAAAAUUAAAUGGAGAAAA